AUGACGCUAAGGGAAGUAGGCAGAAUAGGGACUAGGGGCUCGCCCUCACGUGACUUUAUUUGUAAUUUGUCGAAUAUUCUGGUAGACCCCUCGCCAUUCGCCAUCCAGGACAUUAUAUUAUAUUCAACUCUUACGGAAAGGAAUGCUAUUAGGAAGGAGCUCAAUGACCCGAAUCAUUCCUUGACACUGAGAAGGCCGCAUCUCACAUUACGUCCGGCUACGGUACUGCCAUCGACCAAGGAGCCAGCUUUGGCAGAAGUAGUGCAAGA